AUGUCCAACUCCCAUCGGCAGGAAGAAUGUAAUUUUUAUCAGACGGUUCGAAACAUAAAUAAUCGGCAGAAAAGCAAAUGGAAAACUGUUUACACAUAUGUGAGAAGAACCAGGAAAAUUUACAGAUGCAGCUACGGCUGGAAGCAAAGUGGAUCUAGUUGCACAAUACCUGAAUGCUACGGCUGUUAUGGUCAUGGGCAUUGUAAUCGUCCUUGGACGUGUUCUUGCAACUCGGGAUGGACUGGUUCACGAUGUCGAAGUGAUAUUAACGAAUGUUCUCGAACCUGGAAAAACAGUUGUAGUUAUAAACCUGGCUGCAUUAACACUGAUGGAAGUUACCGAUGCACAUGUGCAAGCGGUUUUCGCUUGGGCCCUGACAGGAGAAGAUGCAAUGAUAUUAACGAGUGCCGCCAACACACGCACGGCUGCAGACACCCUGCAAGUUGCCAAAAUACUCGAGGCAGUUACAGAUGUACUUGCGGGAGUGGAUAUUUACUGGGUAGUGAUCAACGAACUUGUAAAGAUGUUAAUGAAUGCACUACAUAUCAAAACGGCUGUAGUUACCAAGCUGGCUGUCAGAAUACAGUUGGAAGUUAUUUAUGUACAUGUCCACAUGGAUAUUAUCUUGAUGGUGACAGAAGAACAUGUCGAGACAUCAAUGAAUGUGACAACAGUGACUGUGAUCACAACUGUAUAAAUUACCCUGGUGGAUAUACCUGCUCUUGCAAUAAUGGGUAUCGAGCUAACACAAAUGACUUCAAACGCUGCAUUGAUAUUGACGAAUGUUCUGAAAAAUUGGCAGGAUGUACUCAAAUAUGCACCAACACUGCUGGUGGUUUUAGAUGCAGUUGUAAUCCGGGAUAUUAUCUUGGCUGGGACCAAAAAAUUUGUAAUGAUAUUGAUGAAUGCAAGGGCAAUGAACAUGGGUGUCAACAUUCUUGUGAGAAUUCAUUGGGAUCGUACAAAUGCAGAUGCAGAACAGGUUUUGAGUUGUUCAGCGAUGGUAAAAACUGUACCGGUAAACCAUGUCUACCUAUUUACACGCCAGUGAAUGGUAAGAAGAACUGCUCAGCUAUCCACUGCCCGUCACCCAGAGAACCGAAGGACGGAUUCAUUUAUUCUCCGUGCAACACUCGAUUUAAUUCGGAAUGUCGCGGGGGCUGCAACAAUGGUUUCUAUAUUAACGAUACUUCUAAACUAGCUUGUACAGUGGAAGGUAAAUGGGAGCCCUUACAAAUAACAUGUGAAGAAAUUAAAGUGUGUGAACCCAAUCCUUGUAAACAUGGAGGAAAAUGUACUACCUUAAAUCCCCGUCAGUUCUCUUGUAAUUGCUCGAAAACAGGAUACGAAGGAACAAAUUGCGAAAUUGGUGUCAUAGAUGUACCUGAUUAUCCAACAUUAGUCGCAGGUGUACCAGUUGAGUCGCUCGAAUUUCGAUCUUCACCACCAGACAAUUACGUCAUCCUCACACCUCAGGGGUUUGGGGUUGAGUUCAAUCCUAAUUAUUUACGUUUCCAGCAAAAUUCUAACACGACACAGUCACUAACAAUGAUAGUUCGAUAUCCUGGUCUCCACUACGUGCGUUACUAUUUAUCAGGUCCUAGUGCAGCCGGGUAUGAGAUUCCGCAGCCGAACGCGUUAUUUGUCGAAACUGUCAAGAAAACGGAUCCCGAAGUUUUCACAGCAUACGAUAACAUGGAAUUUCCAUCUGGUUGCUACAAACUAGAAAUUGACAAGUGUCCUCGCUCAAAUGUAACAAUUAGUGCAUAUUCAACGUCAUCUUGGCUUACCUUGCUUGUGGGCUUUCCAGCAACAACAGAGGGUCAAGUAAGUUUGAGUAAUGGCAAUUUGGAAAUACCUUAUUCUUUGACGGGUUAUAGUUUUAUUCCGAAGAAUCCUUCGAGUUUGGAUAAGGAUUGUGCUGCUAAUCCCACAGUAGAACACUCCUUGAAAGAACUAGUGCAGCACCGUAUUUUAACCAAGUCAUUUUUGAAAGUCUUUCGUCGCAGUCUUCCCAAGUGGCUUGAUAUCAAAAUACGUGGAAAUCAUUCCUCAACAUCAUUAGUGGAGACCGACCUUCACGCGUUCUACCUAACUGGAAGACGUCUCCGUGAAGAAUUCAUCGAGGGACAACCGUUGUCUGAUGAUACUUUCUUCUCCUUGCUACUCUCACCUGACAUCGAUCUCGUUGUUAAUGGCGAUCGCGUUUCGUUUGGAUUAAAUGAUCGUAACGCACGUUUCCCUCUAGCCCUAGAGCUUUGUGGUCCACCACCUAACAACAUUCUAUUGCAACCGUCGCCAAGCAAUUUGGAUGUGAUUAACCAACUUUCAGUAAUGAAAAAACUACGUGAUUCUGGUUGGAAUUUCAAAAUUUUCUCUCUACAGAUUGGAAUGUCCUCUGGCAAAAAAGGCUUGACUAUGGUUGCAAAAUUGACUAAGAACUUGACCAUAUCCAGGUUCGUAACAUCUCGUGUGGAUUUUCAGGGCACAGUUGUAGCUAACGUUGACAACUUGGAAAGGCUAUACUGA